CGUUACCAUCACACCGUCCGUAACUUUAUACACUCCCGUCUCUGCAUUCCAAUGGCCGAAUCGAAAUCACCACGAAAGCCGAGUUUCUUGGCCCCCACGUCACUGCUACUUCUCGGCCUCCUCAUUGCUUGCUUCGACACUGCAGCGGGACAGAUCGGAGUAUGCUAUGGGAGACUGGGAAAUAACCUGCCGAGGCCGGCCGACGUCGUGGCGCUUUACAGGCAACGGAACAUACGGCGGAUGAGACUCUACAGUCCCGACCAGGACGCCCUCUCCGCUCUCCGUGGCUCAAACAUCGAGGUCAUGCUCGGUCUCCCCAACAGCGAUCUCCAACGUGUCGCCUCCAGCCAAUCGGAGGCCGACACGUGGGUCAGAAACAACGUCAGAAACUAUGCCAACGACGUCAGGUUCCGGUACAUCGCGGUCGGAAACGAGGUGAAACCCUCGGAGCCAGCCGCAAGGUUUCUGGUGCAGGCCAUGCAGAACAUAGACAGGGCGGUUUCCGGCCUCGGGAUAAAGGUCUCGACCGCCAUAGACACCGGAGCCAUAGGAGAAUCAUUUCCGCCGUCGAGAGGAACAUUCAGGCCAGAGUACAGCAGCUUCCUCGACCCGGUGAUACGUUUCUUGACGAGCAAGCAAUCGCCUCUUCUCCUCAAUCUCUACCCUUACUUCAGCUACAUCGGCAACACCCGAGACAUCCGGCUCGACUACGCCCUCUUCACAGCCCCUUCGGCCGUCGUCUCUGACCCGCCGAGGUCCUACCAGAACCUGUUCGACGCCAUCCUGGACUCCGUCUACGCGGCGCUGGAGAAAUCGGGGGGAGGAUCGCUGGAGAUCGUUGUGUCGGAGAGCGGAUGGCCGACGGCAGGAGGGACGGCGACGAGCGUUGAGAACGCGAGGACGUACGUGAACAACUUGAUUCAGCACGUGAAGAAUGGGAGUCCCAAGAGGCCGGGAAGAGCCAUCGAGACCUACGUGUUCGCCAUGUUUGACGAGAAUCAGAAGAGUCCUGAGUUCGAGAAGUUCUGGGGACUGUUCCUUCCCAACCAACAACCUAAGUAUGGCGUCAACUUCAACUGAAUGAACCUAAGACGAGAGAGAUUCGGAAAAAAAAAAAAACCUAAUGAUUUGGGCUUAUUUCGUUUCAUGGAAUAAAACAGGUGAGAGAGAGAAAAAAGUGUAGUUGUUGUAAUGAUUUACUGAAUAAUGAGUCCAAUAUUAAAUAUAUAAAUAAAUAAAAUGGCACACACGUAAUUAUGUAAUAA